GAAACUGCAACCAUGUUGGUCCCGGCUGACAUGCUGGCCGCUCAAUCGAAAAUGCUCUAUCAAAUCAACAAAUAUUACGGCGAACGAGUGCAAACGCGUAUGGGUACCAUUGCGAAAACGAUACGCGAAGUGUGCAAAGUGGUUCAAGAUGUGCUCAAGGAAGUGGAAGUGCAAGAGCCAAGAUUCAUUUCUUCAUUAACAGAGUGCAACGGACGUUAUGAAGGCUUGGAAGUUAUUUCUCCUGUUGAAUUUGAAGUUGUCUUAUACUUGAAUCAAAUGGGUGUGUUCAAUUUUGUUGACGAUGGUACUUUGCCUGGAUGUGCAGUGUUGAAACUGAGCGACGGCCGUAAACGUUCCAUGUCUCUUUGGGUGGAAUUCAUUACAGCUUCUGGAUAUUUAUCAGCCAGAAAAAUCAGAUCAAGAUUUCAAACCUUAGUUGCUCAAGCCUGUGAUAAAUGUUCCUACAGAGAUUCAGUGAAAAUGAUUGCGGACACUACAGAAGUCAAAUUGCGGAUAAGAGAACGCUACAUUGUUCAAAUUACUCCAGCUUUUAAAUGCUCUGGGGUGUGGCCUAGGUCAGCUGCUCACUGGCCUUUACCGCACAUCCCUUGGCCCCAUCCUAGCUUAGUAGCUGAAGUUAAAACUGAAGGUUUUGAUCUUUUAAGUAAGGAAUGCGUAUCUGCUCAAGGAAAACAAAGCGCUAUGGAAGGUGAUGCUUGGGUUUUGUCAUUUCUUGAAGCCGAAAAUAGACUUUUACAAGGUGGCUGUAGAAGACGAUGCCUUAGCAUACUGAAAACUUUAAGAGAUCGUCAUUUGGAGCUACCAGGCAAUCCUGUUUCGAGUUAUCAUUUAAAGACUCUUUUGCUUUAUGAGUGCGAAAAACAUCCGAGGGAAAGCGAAUGGGACGAGUCUUGUAUAGGAGACAGAAUCAAUGGGAUUUAUUUGCAACUGAUAUCGUGUCUUCAGUGCAGAAGGUGUCCGCAUUAUUUCAUUCCAAAUAUGGAUUUGUUCAAAGGCAAAUCGCCUAGUGCUUUGGAAAAUGCUGCCAAACAAGUUUGGAGGUUGACUAGGGAGUUGCUUACUAAUAGUAGAUGUUUGGAAAAAUUGUAAAUGUUUUUGAAAAUAUUGCUUGCUUUUGUUUUGAAAUUAGGCCAAAUUUUUGUGUAACAAAUGAGUGAACGUUUUGUGCCAUAUAUACAUAUUACUUUGAAAAAGAUUAUUCCUUAUAUUAUUGUAGAGACUGAAAAGAAGCAUUUAAUUUAUUGUAUAGGUAUAUAUAGUUUUUGUUAAAACUCUUAUGUGUAGGUAUGGAUGUGAUGAUUAUAAAAUUUAUAUUUUGUCUGAAAGCUUUAUAUGUACUAACUAUAUAGACUGAAUAUGGUUAAUGGUUAAGGUAUAACAUUUUGGUUUGUUGAAUUUAUAUUUUAAAUUUGUUGUUUUUUUGAUUAUAAAAUAAAAAGAAGACAUUGAA